AUGUCUUUGGGUGUCCCUCUCAAAAUCAUGCAUGAGGCAGUUCAUCACAUAGUAACAGUCGAACUCAAAACAGGCGAGAUGUUCACUGGAUACAUGGCAGAAGCUGAAGUAACCACAAGUAUUAUUGCGAGGAUACAAUGAAUGUCCGAUUGGAUGAAGUGUAGAUGGUCACUCGAGAUGGAAGACCAAUGUCAUUAGAAUAGGUCUAUUUGAGAGGCAGUUAGAUUAGAUUUGUUGUGAUUCCGGAUGUGUUCAAAUAUGCGCCUAUGUUCAAGAAGAUAAGAGCGAAUGCCAAGAGCAAGAACAUGCAGUAAAUAAGAGAGAAGGCAAGACAAGUGAGAGGUACGGGAUUCUCAUCAUAUUUUAAUAAUAGAGGAGUUGGUACCUCGUAUCAAGUAGGGUUUGGAGUAGUAGAAGAAAUGA